GGCACCUCGGUUUCGUCCAGCUUUCUAGGAUUUUGUCUUGAGGCCUCAAAGUCUCCAAAGGCAACAGAAUCACCUGCAGUUACACCCGAAAGCACAUCGGAUAUUCCUGAGUACCAGUCUGCAGCCACACCUACCAGUCCUAGUGAACCUGUUGGUCCAGGAGCCUCAAAGAGUGGAGACUACCCAAACACAGAAUACUUCUGUUAUGAUAAGAUGAGCUAUUUUGACUUGGAAGUGGAGAUGGGAAAUGACCGACUUGCACAACCAUCAGCUGACAAUGGAAAUUUUUGAUGUUGUUGCUAGAGGAUUUUAAUAAAGAAUAUUCUCUGAGGAAUUGUUCCAUUAUAUUGCUCUUUCUGUAAAUAAUAUAUACAGGUAAUACACUUGUGGUGUAUAAAUUGUUUUAAUUUAUUCAUAUGAAUAACACCUGGAUUUAAAUUAUAAAAGGGAUUGACCAUCUUUAAUGAUGAUAAGUAUACAGUACUGUAAAUUGAUAGUGUAUAUGUAUGGCACAUGUAUAGUGGUAAUAAAAUAAUUAGUUUUAAAUCACUAAAAGUGUUUUGAAAUUAUC